AUGUCUCUCUCGGGUCGAAUCGCCACCGCGGCGCCGCGGCAAUUCAUACGUCGCGCUCCCUCCGUUGCCCUCUUGUUCCGCCACCACUAUGCCACAGAAGCCGCUGCUGUCAAGGCAAUAGAAGACGUGCCGAGCUCAAGCAUGCCGACGGCAACGACGCCACCGACGACAGUAGCAUCCAAGUGGACCAAGGUUUCCAAGGCCAAGGUCUCAACAGUGGCCAAGCCCGUCAUCACAUCGGUACCCUCGCGCGCUUUGUACGAGGCCAAGACCAUUGCCCAUCAGCCGCAGGCGGCCGGGGCGAGCGCCGAAGACCCUCUUCCUGCCCAAGAAAUAUCCGGCGUCGACUGGGCGAAUAGCUUCCACGGGAUCUCAGCCCGCCCCGUAUCCGAGGUGCAGUUCCGCGUGCUCAUGCAACCCCUGGAUCACCGGGACAUCGAGGUCAAACCCGACGGCGUCAUAUACCUUCCCGAGAUCAAGUACAGGAGGCGCCUCAACGAAGCCUUUGGCCCUAUGGGCUGGGGCAUAAUACCCAAGGGCGAGUCUGUCGUGGGCAACGCCGUCGUCACGCGCGAGUACGCCCUCAUCGUCGAUGGACGGUUCGCCUCACAGGCACAGGGUGAAAACUCGUUCUUCUCGCCCGACCAACUUCCUUCGGCCGUCGAGGGAUGCAAAUCCAACGCGCUGAUGCGCUGCUGCAAGGACCUGGGCGUUGCCUCGGAGCUAUGGGACCCCCACUUCGUCCGCUGGUUCAAGAAGACGCAAAUGGAGGAGGUCUGGGUCGAGCACACGACGACGAAGAAGAAGCGCACUUUUUGGUACCGCAAGGGUGAGGUCGACGUUGCCUACCCCUACAAGCUGGCCAAGUGA